AUGGUACCACAGAAGCAGGUGAGGAGAAUCUGUGCCAAGACGCAAGAGAUCCGGCGAAUCCGGAGGAUCCGGUGGCUCCGGUGGCUCCGGCGGCAUCGACGGGCUCAGCGGCAACCACCCCCGCCGGUAAGUGAGGUUGAGAAUAGUUGUUUAGUUCGUUGUCGUCGCGGAGGGGGAUGCGGGGAGACAGUCAUCAAAGGAAACUCAGAUCUCGUUGUCAAUGGAGGGUGA